AUGAGUUCUUCCUCUAGUUCCUCAUCUUCAAGGUCUUCAUCAAGAUCAUCAUCCUCAAGUUCAUCAUCUUCAUCUAGAUACUCUCACAAAAAAUAGAAAAGAAAAAACAAAAAGAAAGAGGAUUAAGAUGCUGGCCAUUUUGAAUAUCAAAUAGGCAUGAAAAUAAAAGCAGGAUAAUUUAUGAUAACACGGUUUUUAGGAGAUGGCACCUUUGGUCGUGUUUUAGAAGUUAAAACCUGUAAUACUGCUAAUAAUAAUUAUUAUGCCAUGAAAUGCAUAAGGGCUGUAGAAAGGUACAUAGAAUCAGCCAAAAUCGAAACCAAAAUAUUGUGGUAUAUAUAGGAUAAGGAUAAGAGUGGGGCAUUUAAUAUUGUGAGGCUGUUUACAUCGUUUGAAAGAUAUAACAAUUAUUUCAUGGUUUUCGAGAGGUUAGGGAAAUCAUUAUAUGACUUAAUAAAACAGAACAAUUACAUCGGUUUUCCUAUGAAAUAUGUGUAAUCAUUUGCUAAAUAGAUCAUCAUCUCAGUGGCUUUCCUUCAUCAAAAUUAGAUAACUCAUACAGAUCUCAAACCUGAAAAUAUCUUAACUACAAAUUGUGAAUAUAAGUUGGUCCCCUUCAAAGGAAGACAAAUAUGGGUUCCUGAAAAAGAAAUCCUUAAAAUUAUAGAUCUUGGGGGCGCCACCUUUGAACAUGAAUAUCACAGUACUGUCAUUAACACAAGACAAUAUCGUGCUCCUGAAGUGAUUAUGGGCUAUCCAAAAUGGAAUGAGAGGAGUGAUAUUUGGUGCUUAGCUUGUGUCUUAUUAGAAUUGUAUACCGGCGAAUUGUAUUUCUAAAAUAAAGAUGAUUUAGAACACAUAGCCAUGAUCGAAAAAGCUAUUGGACCUAUGGAUUACCGUCAUUUCAAGAACUCCAAAUAUAAAACAUUCUUCAAUUAUGAUUAAAAGUACUUUGAUUAACAUCGAUCAUAUUUCAAAUGGAAUUCUGUGGCACCAAGUGAUUCUGCAAUAGAAAGAGUUAAAAAAUUGAAAACUUUUGAAGAAUUAAUACCAGCUAAACAUGCCAUUUUUAUUGAUCUGAUUAGAAAAAUGCUUAGAAUAGAUCCUGAAGAAAGAAUACCUUUGAGAAAACUAGUUCAUCAUCCCUUUUUUCAAUAGGUAUUUUAAGAUUGA